UCAGAGAUACUGUGGGUUGGUGUCAAUGAACAGGAAAUAAGAACAACGAUCGGGUUUGAUUUAUUGCCACUAAGUGGUUACCAGCUGCUUUGUAGCCGAAGGUGAAGCAGCGGACAGAGACAGCUGAUCAACAGGGUUCAAAACGGACCAGUGGGACCGAGGUCAACAUCUACAAUAUGUGGUCCAAUCCAGCAGCUACAAAGUACCACGGCUUGGAGAACCAAGGGGCAACAUGUUACCUGAACAGCGUCCUGCAGGUGCUUUUCAUGACCAAAGACUUCAGAGAUGCUGUGAAAAGACACGUCUGUGACAACCCUGGCACUGAGUCUAUUGAUCAUCAACUUACAUCCUUGUUUGAUGACUUACAAAAAUAUGACGCUUACACUUUCAACAUCACAAAGAAGCUGGGCAUCGAUAACGUGUAUGAACAACGUGAUGCUGCUGAGUACUUUGAGAAGAUUUUACGUCUGACCAGUGAAGCUGCAUCACAGAUCUUCCACGGAAAGUCGACCCAAAAGACUAAAUGUUCUACAUGUCAUACUGGGACUGACACUAACGAGGCAUUCUGGAAUAUUCCUCUUGCUUUGGGGAAUUUCUACAGUGGAGACUACAGCGUGGAGGACGGCAUUGAGGGACAUUUCAGAGCUUCACAUUUCAGAGGAGAAGACCAGAUGUACUGUGAUGUGUGUGGGGCCAAAUCUGAUGCUACCAUUACAUUUGAAAUAAAGCAUCAUCCAGAGGUUUUGAUGCUGCUGCUGAAGAGGUUUGAGUUUGAUUACCAGUACAUGACGUAUGUCAAAAGCAACCUCAAUGUGAAAGUUCCCGUCACCCUUCAGAUACCAGAGAAUCAGACGUAUGAACUGUACGCGGUUGUGGACCAUGUUGGAGAUCUGAGGAGUGGACAUUACACUGCAACAAUCAGAUCUCAGGACGAUGGGACAUGGUACCGCUUUGAUGAUACAAGGGUCUCAUCGUAUGAACACCAGCCGUUUGAGGAGAAGAACAUUGAGACGUCCUCCAGCGCUUAUCUGCUUUUCUACAGGAAGAAGACGGUGCAAGUUGCUGACACUUGUACUCAGGAGAUCGGAGAGAGGUCUUCUCCUGGAGGCGUCCCCCCUGCUACCAAUGAUAUUCUCAAUGACCAGUGUAAAGAUCCUGUAGAGAGAAGCCAGCAGAUUGAGGAGGCAGCAAAGGCAGAUAAUGAACCUCCAGGAGCUUGUUCCAUAAAAAUAAAUGAAGAAGCAGGAAUUAAAGACAUAGUUGGUGUUGAGAAAACUCAACUUGGAGAAAAUAUCAUUGAUCCGUAUGAUGGCACCAUCAGAACAGGUGAUGUUAGACACAGCAGACCACAGGAGGGUCUGGAGGGGAAAGACAUGCAGAACACAAAGCAAAUACAGGGAGUCAGCAACAUGCAACCUCAGCAGGUUUGUGUUGACGCGCAGAAAGAGGAAAAAAUGGAAAUUGUUGUAAAUACAGACAAAUGGGAAAGUAAAGGAGGAAUAAGUUCAACAAAGUACCCAGACGGGUAUGCAGAGCCUCAGGAUGAUGAACGUUUCAAUCAUGUAAGACAAAACAUGUAUGACAAUCAGAAAGGGAAACAUGUAGUCAGUCCAGAUGACUUCAGACCUGUUGAACAGGAAGUUGGAGAAAAGAUGAAAGCAGAGGGAGCAAAGCCGUUGACAAUAAUUGCCGGAUGCUAUGAUGGCAUUGAAGGCAAGACAGUCGGUAAAAGUAAACCAAACCGCCCAAAGGAUGAACAGAAUAAACAACGUGUUGAAAGCAGGUUUUAUCAAAGCAAUCUGAGGGUCGAGGAGAGGGAUGUGAAGGGAGACCAGCAACAAGAGAGAGGGGUUGAUGAGCAUGCACACAGGAAAGGUGCAUCAGACAGACAAGAACAGGAUCAGAACGGAAGUUCAGAGUGUGGUACAACACAGAAAGAUGUUGGUGCAGCAAUGAGGGCCAAAGGAGGCAAUGAAUGUGUUGAUGGAGCAGAGGCUGUUCUUAGAAGAGCAGGAAGUAGCAGAGUGACAGAGAACAGAGGAGAUGGCUGUGUUGAAAAGUCUCAUCCAUGAAAAGCAACUACUGCACUCAGUGAGGAUACUGUGGAAGGAAGACGUACUUCAAAGAAGUCAAAAUCAUAUCAAGGAAAAAUAAGUGAUGUAGAAACUAGAAAUGGUGUUCAAGAAAUGACUGUGACAAAUAACUUCAGAAUAACAACUUUAGAAGAAAGCUCUGAAGGCAGCAUUAAGAGUUUGGUAGAAUAUGAUAAAGGAAACACUGAAAUCAAAUGUGAUCCAAACACAGAUGCAAUGGUCACAUUGCCAGAAGGUUUUUGCAAUUUACAACUGAACGCCUCGUCUUUGACAGCGUCACAGAAACGCAAAGACAAAAAGGAAAAGAAUGAGAUGGGGAGAAAAAUUCCUUCAAAUGCCGAAAGAAAGCCAAAUGUGUCUGAUGCACAAGAACCUGCUGUUUGGAAAAAACCUGCUGUGAAAGACAGGGCUGAGAAGAGGAGACACUUGAGGCGUCGCUGUUCCCCUCUGAAUAAAAACAAAAAAGACAAAAAGAAAGAAAAGCAGAGUUGCUUGUGUUUGUGUUUUCGCUGAAAAAUCAGAAAACUGCAGACUAGAAAAAGUGAGAUUCUAAAGAAGUUCAGUCUGGUUCAGUUGGAAAUAGAAAGUUAUGAUUUAGAAACUGACUUAAAUAUUAAAAUGUAAGGAAAACACGAAGAUUCUUUUUUGCUAUGCUAUUAUCCUUGUCGAUUUUAUUUUUUAAUCCUUCUGUAAAGUUGUUGAGAUGUAUAAAUGUCACUGAAUGCAACAUAUCGACUACAGUAAUCUAAGUUGAAUCUCAAAU